GCAUUGGUUAGGAACAAUCAGGGUUUCUACAGAGAAUAACUUUUUCGCUCUCACCGUACAUGGUGUAUCAUGCCAUUACGGCAAUCCUGGCACAAGCCAGCCCCAUGUUGAAGGCGGCGGCAGCAGCAGGUUGCUUACGGAUAGCUCCGUUCUCUGCCAGCGAAUAAAACUUAACUCAUUUGACUGUAAUCUUUUCUACUCACUAUUUGCUCUCUACCAUCACCAUGUUGCCAAGUAACUACACUUUGUUCUAUUCAACCACACCUGAGAAAGAAGGAUGCGUUGCGUUCUACGGCGGCUGUUAUGACACCAUCGAUGCAGGAGAAACUUUGCACGAACCACUAUAUAGGGUCUACGUGAAGUAUCCUAAUAUUAUAUUCAGCGCGGUGGAAAAUAUCGUGGACGAUGAUACAACAGUCAUUGCUGGUAUCAUACCGAACCUCAUGACCAAGGAAUAUACUGAAGGGAUUGCAAUCGUUGAUAUGCGUACAGAGAAAAGUGCGAGAGUCAUCAUCAAUGGCAAUGUGUUCAAUAUUGAACAGCGUGCUACACAGCUCGGAUGGAAGUUCAAAGAUCCAGAAGGUAUCAAGUACAAAUGGAACACUCCAAUACAAGGUGCCAGAUGGGAGCUGACUGAUGGCAGCGGGUCUGGCGUUGCAGCUUUACAUUUUGGAAAGCACAGACAAGGAACCCUAGAGGUUCUGCCAAACAUGGACAGGCAAUUAUUUAUCCUUGCCUCGAUCUCCCUGGUAUUUAGCAUCAUUGCUGUUAGCAGGCAGGAAAAAUAUCCACAUUUGUUAAUCCCGGUAUAUCAAUAAAGUCUGGUUUUAAUCUUGACUAAUUCCACA